AAGUGUUGGUUCAGAUUCUGUGAAAUACAUUAAAUAAAGACGAAUUAACAUUAAUAAUUGUUUAUUUAUAAUCUAGAAUUAUUGUUCGAAAUGAGUUCUUUGUUGUUAAAUUUGAUUCUAUUGUUUAAUGUGAUAUGUGGAUUUGUACCAGAGAGUAACGAAGAUGAUUUCGACCCUAUCAUAUAUUACCUGUUAAAUGGAAACGAAACAGAACUUUUCGAACCUAAUAUUGAAAGUAAUAUUAAUUUAGGUGGAGAACCAAUGUUUUCCGGAGGAUUAUGGAAGUGUGGGAUAUGUCAAAAUGUCACUGAAAGUCAACUAAUAUAUAGUGAAACAAACGAAGUGGAUACUAAUAUAGAUUACGAAGAUUUCCUUCAAGUUCAGGUUGGACUUUCCUUCGACGAGAUGCGCUGUAUUACAAUAGAUUCUGACGAUGAGAGCACGGUAGCGAGGGCGUCGGGGGACUGCGCGGGUCCUACUGUCACACUAAUCGUUGCUGAUUCGAAACGUUUUCUUGUCAAGGUCUACGGGAAUGACCACGGGCAUGCUUUUACUCCAUCAAAAUUAAAUGCUUGAAAUUGUCUGUGUAAAUCAUUAUCACCUGCUCACUAUACUUCCCCACUCAGGGGCUCCGUGCCUAUUCUAUGUUAGGGGUGACUAGGCCAUAGUCAACCACGCUGGCCCAGUGUGGGUUGACUUGACACAUAUCUUUGAAUUUCUUCUCCGAUAUGCAUAAUGCAUCACGUUGUUUUCCUUCACCGUAAGAACUUCGGGUAAAUUAUGUAGAUAUGAUAUUCGAAAAUCUUAUUAGUAUACGGCGGGAUUCGAACUUAAGACCUGUGGAUUAAAAGUCAGGUGCUUAUCCCCUGGGCCACCGACUCUCUUACGGCCUCUCUUGUUUGUGUAUGUCAGAGUUAUUCUUAGCUAAAUAAAAAUUACUUAAUCUUCCUUUGUUUGAUUUGAAUUUAUCUAGUAAUCUAUUUUACAUAAAAAAACUGAACAAUUGUUCUGCUUGUCUCAGAGACAAUAUAACUUGACUUCCCAGCAUUUAAAUGAUAUAAAAGACGAUUUCAAUGUAAAUUAUAUUCUGUCGGUUUUAUACGACUGUGUUAAUGCAUUGUGCAGUCGCUAACGUUGAAAAUGCUUCGUCGUUUACUUUACCCAGUGUCUGCUGAUUUCAAAUUAAUUGAAGGACAACUUAAAUGUUUCUCUAACAUGCAUACAACGUCAAAAACAAGAUGUGUUGCCAGAACAUCCUAACACUUGUACACCAAUUGCCGAUUUUUAUGCAGGAAAAUCAAUUUUGAUUACUGGCGGAGCUGGC